GGACGCGCGGGCUGCGCCCCGAGCGCCGGCGGGCGGCGGGGGCGGCGGGUUCGAGCGGUGAACGGCGGCUGCGCGCCCCGCUGUGCUCCCGGGCACUUGCCCGGCUCCUGCCCGCUCCUGGGCAUCGGCUGUGCGGCUGACACACGGUAGCCGGGACUCCCCACGCCCCUGGGGACGCACGCACGCGGACCGGGUCCCCAAGGGACGCCGUACCCGGGCCCGCCGCUCGACUGGCCGAAGAUCUAAGGGAACAGAAAACAUUCAAACUGGAUUUUUAAGUCAUUGCUCAUUAACAAUAAACUAUAAGUCGCAGAAUGUGAUCCUGAACAAACUACUUCUAAAAAAAAACUAGCUUCAAGCAACAGAGGAAAGAAUACUGAUCCGUCGUUUUGAAGUGCUGGUCCAAAACAAACUGUUCUUGUAGGAAAUUACAACUGGAGAGUUUCGUUUGGCUCUUAAUACAUCCGAACGAAAGGAGCUGUCAACUCGAGCCUCACAAAGACUGGAAUUAUCUGAGAUUAUCUGUUCUCUUGACAUGAUCUCCAGGGAAGGGCACACGGAAGAGUAGCCGAAGGACGCCGGGCGAGAUGACUUCCGAAGAAAUGUCCACUUCCGUCCUCAGGCCUGUGACUCCGAGGAACGUGGCUUCGGCCCAGCCAGCGGCGGAGAAGGGCGAAAAGGCCUCAGAUGCCGGUGUCGCCAAGGCGCGAGCCAGCAGCCGGGGCAGGCUGAUCGCUCACACCGUCUCACCGUGGCACAACCCCACGCAGGACUCUUCCAGGGGCGAUCUGUCCAGCGUCGUCCCGAGAGCCAGGGGGGAAACAGCGAGCGGUGAGGACCGCAGCGAGAAGCGCUGGGAGGAAACCCUACCGGCUUCCGUAGACGGCGACGGCUCAGGGCAAAGCCGCCAGCAUGACCUUCCUCGGAGCCGGCUCUGUGGAGUCUGCGACCCCCGCGCCGAGGAGGACCUGGGUUGGCAAACUGGAAUUCCUUCUCCCCUGGAAAGGAAGGCGCUCCCCGGAAUUCACCUGGCCACGGAGGACUCUCCCAUGGACGCGAGCCCUUCGGGAAAUCAGCCCGGGGUCACGCAGUCCAGCGGGCCUCACCCUGACAGCAGCAUGGCGGUGUUUCAUUUCCGCUACGAAGCUGACAGAACGGUGUCGGAUGCUUUUCACACCCUGUCAGAGAAGUUAAUUUUGGAUGACUGUGCAAACUGUGUCACCCUUCCCGGGGGGCAGCAGAAGAAAAGUUACACGGCGUAUACUUGUAAACUGGUGGAACUGACCAAAAACUGUGGUGAGAAGAAUGGGCGGCUGCAGUGUGAUCACUGCAGCUCGCUGCCCGAUAAACACCUUUGCUUUGAGGGCUCCUUCCAGAAGGCCAACGCGGUCUGCUCAGGUCAAGGUGGCUUUUGCAGGGAGGGCCUUACUCACAGUCCUCCUACCAAGACUUGCCUGAGCCCUUUGGAGGAUCUCUCUGACAGUUGUGAAGAAGUAGACGAUUUUUUCAAAAGCAAAAAGGAACGGUCCACUUUGUUAGUCAGACGGUUUUGUAAAAACGACAGGGAAGUUAAGAAAUCUGUGUAUACUGGGACAAGAGCCAUCAUGAGAACCCUGCCUUCUGGCCAUAUUGGGCUGGCUGCUUGGAAUUUCAUUGAUCAGAAGAAAGCCGGUCUUUUAUGGCCUUGUGGGAAUGUACUGAAACCUCUGGGCAUAAGGCAAAAUGGGAGCCAAUGUCUGUCUGAAGCCCAGUGGUGUCUGAUCUACAGUGCAGUGAGAAGAGAAGAAACAGAAGAUACAGUUGGAUCUCUUCUCCAUUGCUCCACACAUCUCCCAAGCUCUGAGGCAGCCCAUGGAACGAUUAGAGCUGGCCUGUGCUUAAAGCAAUGUGGACGAGACCCCAAAUGUGAGUACCGUGCCACCCUCCAAAGGACAUCCAUAGCCCAGUAUAUCACCGGUUCUCUCCUCGAGGCAACCACAUCUUCAGGAGCAAGAAGCAGCCUUCUCAGUACCUUCGGAGGAUCCACUGGACGAAUAAUGCUGAAAGAACGCCAACCAGGCACCUCUAUGGCCAACUCCAAUCCUGUCCCUUCAAGUUCAGCUGGGAUCAGCAAGGAGCUGAUUGAUCUCCAGCCUCUCAUUCAGUUUCCAGAGGAAGUGGCCAGCAUCUUGACAGAACAGGAGCAGAACAUUUACCGCAGGGUCCUGCCCAUGGACUACCUCUGUUUCUUAACCCGGGACUUGAGUUCUCCUGAAUGCCAGAGAUCCCUGCCCCGUCUCAAAGCAUCCAUCUCAGAAUCCAUCCUCACGGCUCAGAGAGGAGAGCACAAUGCCCUUGAAGACCUCGUGAUAAGAUUUAAUGAGGUGAGCUCCUGGGUAACAUGGCUGAUCCUCACUGCAGGCUCCAUGGAGGAGAAGCGGGAAGUCUUCUCGUAUUUAGUGCAUGUGGCCAAAUGCUGCUGGAACAUGGGCAACUACAACGCUGUCAUGGAGUUCCUGGCUGGCCUCAGGUCGAGGAAAGUUCUGAAGAUGUGGCAGUUCAUGGACCAGUCUGACAUUGAGACCAUGCGGAGCCUAAAGGAUGCCAUGGCCCAGCAUGAGUCUUCCGUGGAAUACAAGAAGGUAGUGACCCGUGCCCUGCACAUCCCCGGCUGCAAGGUGGUUCCCUUCUGCGGGGUGUUCCUGAAGGAGCUCUGUGAGGUGCUUGAUGGUGCCUCCAGCCUCCUGAAGCUCGGCCCACGGUACAGCUCCCACGAAGAAGCUCUGGAGUUUGUAGCCGAUUACAGUGGACAAGAUAACUUCUUACAACGAGUGGGACAGAAUGGCUUAAAAAAUUCAGAGAAGGAGUCCACAGUCAACAGCAUCUUUCAGAUCAUCCGGAGCUGCAGUCGAAGCUUGGAGAUGGAGGAGGAGGACAGCUCCAGCGAAGGGACAGGCUCUAGGAAAAACUCCCUGAAGGAGAAAACCCGAUGGCAGUUUAUAAUCGGUGAUUUGCUGGACUCAGAAAAUGACAUCUUUGAAAAGUCCAAAGAAUGUGACCCUCAUGGGUCAGAGGAGUCACAGAAAGCCUUUGACCAUGGGACAGAGCUCAUCCCAUGGUAUGUGCUGUCCAUCCGAGCUGACGUGCACCAGUUCCUUUUGCAGGGGGCCACCGCCAUCCACUAUGACCAGGACACACAUCUCUCAGCCCGCUGCUUUCUCCAGUUGCAGCCUGACAAUAGCACUCUGACCUGGAUGAAGCCUCCCACUGCCUCCCCUGCUGGUACCAGACCCAAGCUUGGGAUGCUUAGUAACAUGGCUGAGCCUGGCAAGCUCCCAUCACUGGGCAACGCUGGGCUGAGUGGCCUGUCAGAGGGAAUCCUGGAUCUGUUUUCAGUGAAGGCUGUGUACAUGGGACACCCUGGCAUUGAUAUACACACGGUGUGUGUCCAGAACAAACUGAGUAGCAUGCUUCUGUCAGAGACUGGCGUGACACUGCUCUAUGGGCUUCAGACCACCGACAAUAGGUUAUUGCACUUUGUGGCACCAAAGCACACAGCUAAAAUGCUUUUCAGUGGAUUGCUGGAACUCACUACAGCUGUGAGAAAGAUAAGGAAGUUCCCUGAUCAAAGACAGCAGUGGCUUCGGAAACAGUAUGUCAGCCUCUAUCAGGAGGAUGGUCGGUAUGAAGGCCCAACCUUGGCUCACGCUGUGGAGUUGUUUGGUGGCAGGCGAUGGAGCACUAGAAACCCCAGCCCUGGGAUGUCAGCAAAGAAUGCUGAGAAGCCCAACAUGCAGAGAAACAAUACCCUGGGCAUAAGCGCCACCAAGAAAAAGAAGAAGAUGCUCAUGAGGGGAGAGAGUGGAGAAGUGACUGAUGAUGAGAUGGCAACUCGCAAGGCCAAACUGUACAGAGAGUGCCGAAGCCGGAGCGGCUCUGAUCCUCAGGACGGUAACGAUCAGGAAGAGUCAGAGGCCAAUGGCAACACUAACCCUCCCAACCCCCUCCAUUCCAGAAGAGCCCACUCUUUGACCACGGCUGGCUCCCCCAACUUGGCUACCGGGAUGUCAUCUCCCAUCAGGCCAGUCUCCUCCCCUGUGCUGUCUUCUUCAAACAAGAGUCCAUCCAGUGCCUGGAGCAGCAGCAGCUGGCAUGGGCGGAUCAAAGGAGGAAUGAAGGGCUUCCAGAGCUUCAUGGUUUCAGACAGUAACAUGAGUUUCGUUGAAUUUGUUGAGCUGUUCAAAUCGUUCAGCAUAAGGAGCCGCAAGGACUUGAAGGAUAUCUUUGACAUCUACUCUGUGCCCUGCAAUCGGUCUGCUGCUGAGUCAGGCCCGCUGUACACCAACCUGACUAUCGAAGAAAACACCAGUGACCUUCAGCCUGACCUAGAUUUGCUGACCAGAAACGUCUCAGACUUGGGGCUGUUCAUCAAGAGCAAACAGCAGCUUUCUGACAAUCAGAGGCAAAUAUCUGAUGCUAUUGCCGCUGCAAGCAUUGUGACUAAUGGCACCGGGAUUGAGAGCACAUCCCUGGGCAUAUUUGGGGUUGGCAUACUCCAGCUCAAUGACUUCCUGGUGAAUUGCCAAGGAGAACACUGCACAUAUGAUGAAAUCCUCAGCAUCAUCCAGAAGUUCGAGCCUAGCAUCAGCAUGUGUCAUCAGGGCCUAAUGUCAUUUGAAGGGUUUGCAAGGUUUCUGAUGGAUAAAGAUAAUUUCGCCUCCAAAAAUGAUGAGUCGAGGGAGAACAAGAAAGAACUGCAGCUACCCCUCUCCUACUAUUACAUUGAAUCUUCACACAACACCUACCUCACAGGUCAUCAGCUCAAGGGAGAAUCAUCGGUGGAGCUCUACAGCCAGGUCCUCUUGCAAGGAUGCAGAAGCGUAGAGUUGGACUGCUGGGAUGGAGAUGAUGGGAUGCCCAUUAUUUAUCAUGGACAUACACUGACGACCAAGAUCCCCUUCAAGGAAGUAGUGGAAGCCAUUGAUCGCAGUGCCUUCAUCACCUCUGACCUGCCCAUCAUCAUAUCCAUUGAGAACCACUGUUCGUUGCCUCAACAACGAAAAAUGGCAGAAAUUUUCAAGGGUGUGUUUGGAGAAAAGCUGGUGGCUAAAUUCUUAUUUGAGACCGAUUUCUCAGAUGACCCGAUGCUUCCAUCACCUGAUCAACUCAGGAGGAAAGUGCUCCUUAAAAACAAGAAGCUCAAGGCCCAUCAGACGCCAGUCGACAUCCUGAAGCAAAAGGCUCAUCAGUUAGCAUCCAUGCAAGCACAGGCUUUCACUGGUGGAAAUGCCAACCCGACACCUGCCAGUAAUGAGGAAGAAGAAGAUGAAGAGGAUGAAUAUGACUAUGAUUACGAAUCCCUUUCUGAUGCAGAUGUCCUUACUGCUUCCCCCGUUCCUAACAGUCAGGAAGACAAUAUCCUAGAAGACAGACCUGAAAACAAAUCAUGUUCUGACAAGCUUCAGUUUGAGUACAAUGAAGAAAUCCCCAAGAGGAUAAAGAAAGCAGAUAACUCUUCCUGCAAUAAGGGAAAGGUAUAUGACAUGGAGCUAGGAGAGGAGUUUUACCUUCCUCAGAACAAAAAGGAAAGCAGGCAGAUCGCACCAGAGCUCUCGGACCUCAUCAUCUACUGCCAGGCUGUAAAAUUCCCAGGCCUGUCAACUCUGAAUUCAUCUGGCUCUAGCAGAGGGAAAGAAAGAAAAAGCAGGAAGUCCAUUUUUGGCAACAAUCCUGGCAGAAUGAGCCCAGGGGAGACAGCAUCAUUUAACAGAACAUCUGGAAAAAGUUUAGGUUCCUGUGAAGGAAUUCGACAAACCUGGGAGGAAGUGUCUCCACUCAGCCCAAGCACAUCCCUCAGCGCUAUCAUUAGGACUCCUAAAUGUUAUCAUAUCUCGUCACUGAACGAAAAUGCCGCCAAACGUCUGUGUCGAAGGUAUUCCCAGAAACUGAUCCAGCACACUGCUUGUCAGCUGCUGAGGACCUACCCUGCAGCGACCCGAAUCGACUCAUCCAAUCCCAACCCCCUCAUGUUCUGGCUCCAUGGGAUACAGCUCGUAGCCCUAAACUACCAGACAGAUGAUCUUCCUUUACAUUUAAAUGCCGCAAUGUUUGAGGCCAAUGGUGGCUGUGGUUAUGUUUUGAAGCCCCCUGUCCUGUGGGAUAAAAGCUGUCCCAUGUACCAGAAGUUUUCUCCACUGGAAAGAGACCUAGACAGCAUGGACCCUGCUAUCUAUUCCUUAACUAUCAUCUCUGGCCAAAAUGUGUGCCCUAGUAACAGCACAGGAAGUCCAUGCAUUGAAGUUGACAUCUUGGGCACGCCCCUGGACAGCUGCCAUUUCCGCACAAAGCCCAUCCAUCGAAACACUCUGAACCCCAUGUGGAACGAACAGUUUCUCUUCCGGGUUCACUUUGAAGAUCUUGUGUUUCUUCGUUUUGCAGUUGUGGAAAAUAACAGUUCGGCGAUAACGGCUCAGAGAAUCAUUCCGCUCAAAGCUUUAAAACGAGGAUAUCGACAUCUUCAGCUGCGGAACCUCCACAAUGAAAUCUUGGAAAUCUCUAGCUUAUUCAUAAACAGCAGAAGGAUGGAAGAAUGUCCCUCUGGCAAUACCAUGCCAGCCUCUGUGAUGUUUACUUCUGAAGAGAGGAAGUGUUCUCAGACUCACAGGGUCACAGUGCAUGGUGUCCCAGGUCCAGAGCCCUUCGCUGUUUUCACUGUAAGUGGAGGCACCAAGGCAAAGCAGCUCCUCCAUCAGAUUUUGGCGCUCAACCAAGACACCAAACUUACCACCACAGACUAUUUUCUGAUGGAAGAGAAGUAUGUUAUAUCUAAGGAAAAGAAUGAGUGCAAGAAACAACCAUUCCAGAGAGCUGUGGGUCCAGAGGAAGAUAUCAUGCAGAUUUUAAACAGCUGGUUCCCAGAAGAAGGCUACGUAGGCAGAAUUGUCCUAAAGCCCCAGCAGGAAACCCUAGAAGAGAAAAGCAUUGUCCAAGAUGACAGAGAGGUGAUCUUGAGCUCGGAGGAGGAGAGUUUCUUUGUCCAAGUGCAUGAUGUCUCCCCAGAGCAACCACGAACUGUCAUCAAAGCCCCCCGCGUCAGCACUGCACAGGAUGUAAUUCAGCAGACCUUAUGCAAAGCCAAAUAUUCCUACAGCAUCCUCAACAACCCCAACCCAAGUGACUACGUGCUUUUGGAAGAGGUGAUGAAAGACGGACCCAGUAAGAAGUCUUCUGCUCCAAAGUCCUCACAGAGGAUUCUUUUGGACCAAGAGUGUGUGUUUCAAGCCCAAAGCAAGUGGAAAGGUGCAGGGAAGUUCAUCCUUAAGUUAAAGGAACAGGUGCAGGCAUCCCGAGAAGAUAAAAGGAGGGGCAUCUCCUUUGCAAGUGAAUUCAAGAAACUCACCAAGUCUACUAAGCAACCCCGAGCACUCACAUCGCCUCCUCAGCUUGUGGCCUCAGAAAGUGUCCAAAGCAAGGAGGAGAGGCCUGUGGGUGCCUUGUCCCCUAGUGACACAGUGGGUACCAGCAGUGAGCGAGGGCAGCAGGUUUGACCCAGGUAUAUGAAGAUAAAGAUCCUUGACCAGAAGCUAUCAAGAAUGAACGUGGUGGAAAGAAAUAUACUUUACUUCCUCUACAUUUAAACUGGAAAUUGAUGAUUUCUGAACUCCGACCCUCUUCGCACUUGAUAUGAGGUUCAUGCAGAGGAAAAGCAAAAUGGCACAGGGCUGCUAACCAACGUCCUGAGGAAUGAAGCAGGAACAGCCAGAGCAUUGCCAUUUUACAGAUGUUACAGGCAGAAAAGCCAUCCCAUAAGCGGAAGGCAAGAAGCUUCAUCUGUAAAGCACCAGGCGGCAAACAUUUUAGGGUCUGGGCUAUAUGGCUUCUGCUCAUUGACUCAGCUCGACAGAUGGAGUGCAAACACAGCUGCGGACAAUAGGUACAAGAAUGAACAUGACUGAACAAUAAAACUUUAUUUAUGGACACUUAAGUUGGAAUUUCAUAUAAUUUUCACGUCACAAAUCUUUCAAGUGUUUCAACCACUUAAAAUUGUAAAAUCUAUUCUUAGUUUAAGGGUCAUAUAAAAACACAUGAAUUUUGACCCAAAGACCAGCUUGCUGACCCAGCUUGGAGAAUUGGGAACGAGAGGCAGAGGUUGGGAAACCUCGAAAACCGGCCAUAGGGUUUACUGAGAAGUGGAAGUCUAGGGGCAUUGGAAAUGUAAAUAUGUGUUGUAAGAUUUGUUACCAAGUAUUCAAAUUAGUUCCUAUACUGUGUACCACGGUGCACUCUUCAGGCCUUUCUGUGACUAGAAAAGUUCUUUUUUUGAAAAUGAUUAUCCAUAUGCCUACAGAUUGGUCCAUUUUCAGUUCUCAUAAAAUGAAUUUAGAAUACUGUACAAUUCUUGAUGUCUUAAUAAGAAGCCUAAUCAUUUUUUAAGAGCAAAAGCAGACUGAGUUGAUGUUUAAAUAGAUCUAUUUAUUUUGCAAUGUCUGUACUGACACUGUACUUGUGUAUUUAUUAGACAUAGCUUUCUUGGUAUUGCUAUGGGUGAUAAGCAUUACUAGUUCAACCUAUUUCAAGACAUCCUAAAAAUAAAUCAUAUGAACAUGAGAAGUGGGCCAGACAUCCAGUGUAACACUGUCAUCUUCAUUUCUGGUUUACUGAAGAGCUGCGGAUCACACUUGGCAUUUGAUGUAAAUUACUUUAAAACCAUACUUCACAAAGCAAUCGGCUAAGUGUGAUGGAUUCUUCUGAUUUUUUUGAAUGAAGUAAAUUGUUACUUAUCAGACUGAAAUACAUGGUCCUCCAGGGUCAAGCCUGUAUUUUAUCUUUCCAUUGGCAUCGUUCCUUUUGAGGAUAUUUUUCUUCAAAUUAUAAAACACACUGACUUUUGCUUUGAGACUUUCCUUUACCAAUCACAGAAUAAAGAAAACCCCUUCUCUGCACAAUCUAAAAAGAUACAUGUCAAAAAUACACCACACAGCUUUCAUGUCAGUGAAAGAUUCUUACUACACCAUUUCUCUUGCCACCAGAAUUAGACUAUUCUCAUUUGGCAGCUGUACGUAACUAGACGUUCCCUUUUAAAUCAAAGAAUAGGUCUGUAACAAGUACAGAGUGCUGUUUCACUAAAAAAAUAUAUAUUCUGGGAACGUUUUAUCCGUUUUUCUAUAAAUUAAAGUGGCCAAAUAGUUUGAGUUACCUUGGGUUGAAAACUGAAUUACUGGUCUAACCAGCCAGAGCCAAACAAAAGCUGCAGGUAAGAAGAUACAGAGCCAGACUGGUCUCUUAAGUUUGCCCACCCCACCUCAUGGUCUUUAGCAUAUCUGGAGAUCAGAUACACAACAAAUCUGAAACUGACCCCAUACUUAAACACUGAGGUGAACAAGUCCAACCUGUUGCAUCCCAAUUAGUUUAAGGGACAUACUCUAUUAAAGUUCAGUCUUUUGAUGGUU